CCCCUCGGCGGGGAGCGGCGAAGGCCCCGCUCUGAUGCGGGUUUGCGGGUGGCUGAACGGCGGCGUGACGUCAGAAGCGACUGCGGGGAGCGGCGGGAGCCCGCCUGCAAGGCGGGAAAAGCGAAACCUCCCCCCUGGCCUCUCUGGUCCCCCUCGGGCCGCCGUCGAGCGCUGAGCCCCGCCCCCCCGCCGCCGCUGUUCGGGCGUCACGCGACGGAAGCUGUCGCUGUGGUAGUGCGUCACUUCCUGGCGGCGGUGGGGAGCGGGGAGCACCAUGCCCAAGUUUUAUUGCGAUUACUGCGACACGUACCUCACCCACGACUCGCCCUCCGUGAGAAAAACCCACUGCAGUGGCCGAAAGCACAAAGAGAACGUGAAAGACUACUAUCAGAAAUGGAUGGAGGAACAAGCUCAGAGCCUGAUUGACAAAACAAUAGCGGCUGCAUUUCAGCAAGGGAAAAUCCCACCGACACCAUUCUCGGCGCCACCUCCCGCAGGAGCCAUGAUACCACCUCCUCCCAGCAUCCCUGGCCCCCCGCGGCCCGGCAUGAUGCCGGCCCCUCACAUGGGUGGACCCCCAAUGAUGCCGAUGAUGGGGCCCCCCCCGCCUGGAAUGAUGCCGGUUGGACCCGCGCCAGGGAUGAGGCCGCCGAUGGGAGGACACAUGCCGAUGAUGCCAGGGCCCCCAAUGAUGAGGCCGCCCUCCAGACCCAUGAUGGUGCCAACCAGGCCGGGAAUGACCCGUCCAGACAGAUAAAGGUGGAAACGGAGCUGCCUUUUCUUUGUCAUGUUACGAUCUUCCGUAUGAUAAAAUACCAUAGACCUGUUUCCCUAGGAUUUUAUAUUAAAACAGUGUGUAGAGGAAAUCUGCUGUUAUUCCAGACUGCAGACGGUUUGACCUAGAUACACACUGGACUGAUGCUCUUGUACCUGAUCUGAGUUUUUUUGGUGGAUUUUUUGUUUGGUUGUUUUUUUUCCCCUCCCACUGAAUUGUAAAACACAACAAUAAAUCAUUGAUGCUGGUUUA